AUGGCGGACGCUGACGCUACUACCAAGCCAAGUCAUGCCGUCGGUCACCUCGAUCCAGUAUUGCUAGAGGUCGGGAAGGGGAAGCAGCGGAGAAGGCUGACCAAGUCCCCUCGACCGGAGACUGCAAGCAGUCACAGGAGUAGCUUCUCGAGACUCAUGGGUCGUAAGGAGUCGCAGAAGCUGCAGGCCUCAAGGAACGUGCCACUGACGAGGAACGACCCGGAGAGAGACCUAUAUCUGAUGAGCGGAGCGAACCAGGAACGAAAGACAAUCGCCGAGAUCAGACAGCAGACGGCACAGAGACAGGAGAUAUCCGAAGAUUGGAACAGGCCCAAACUCGCCAAGUCGCUCGGCAUGCUCGACCCCAACAGGCCCAGCAUAUACAUUUACGGGAGUGGAAACGAGACUUCAGCGGCAGCCAACGCGCAGCUAGACCGCGAACUCUUGCGAGAGAUCACAGACUGGGUUGGCAUUGGAGGCAUCCUCAAGACGACACAAGUUUCUGUGAUACCUGAAGAAGGCAUCUGUGUCGACGAGAAGGGCGAGCGUAUCUAUUUUCCACCCAAGUGGAACCUUCCACUGUUUCCGUGGGAGGAGGAAGUGUCACGGUCGAGCUCGACCAAAAGCAAGGAAUCUUCGUCGAAGGGCUCGUUGGAGUACGUGACAGCAGGUUUUGCCGCUGUUUUCGAGGUCGCUGACAGGUACCAGGCGAAAGAUGAGCCAGAUCAGGAAACUCAUGGCGUAGGGCAAUGGCUGGGAAGGGGUGCUUGCGGUGGAUAG